CGUCAAUUGACUUGUCGUAGACGUAACGAUAGACAAAUUUAUUUAUUACAUUUAGUCGAAUGGCGCGUAAGACGCGUUCGCAUCGUUAGGGCGAAAGUCAUCAUUUUCGCCAGCUUGAAUCGACAAUGUACAAGUUUUCGUGUUUCUUCUUUCGAACAGGCGGCACUAUUAGCGAUGGUCCUGGUAGGAGUUCGAAACGAACCGCAAGGCCCAGCCUAUCUUCCGCCCAGCACUCGACCUGGAGGAGGCGGGACCGGUCAUCCGGACGACUGGGCCGGUGAUCCGGCGAACUAUGAGUUCUCGUACGAGGUCCAGGACGCGGCGGCGGGUCUAGACUUCGGGCAUCGCGAGAUGAGGAAGGAUAUGGAGGCUACUGGGACCUAUCACGUGCUGCUGCCGGACGGUAGGACUCAGAUCGUCGAUUAUAUCGCCGAUCAGAACGGCUAUCGGCCGAUGGUGCGAUAUGAGGGAACCGCCACUUAUCCCGCACCCGGACCGGCGGGACCAGCGGGACCUGGACAGGAAGAGGGCUAUAGAUACUAAUGUCCUAACUUUCUCUCUCCCCCCCCCCCUCUCUCUCUCUCUCUCUCUCUCUUUCUCUCGUAAAAUAUCUAUUUUCAUUAAAAGAAUCAAUUAAAUAAAUCAUACGUACAUGACCAACAUAAUGUGUUUAAUAACCAUUUUAUAUUAACUUAUUAUUCUUUACCAUUUUAAUGGAAUUUAUUAUGAAUAAAUGAUUAUGACUUUAUUAUGAUCAAUACAUAUUAUAUUUAUACUUAUAUUCAUCACUAUGUUUCUAUCGUUCCCUUUGUUUUUUUUUAACAGGGACGACUUUAAUUUAAAAAGAAAUCAGAAUGGUAUGAUGUAGCAAAACGUUGACCGUGAUUGUGACAAGCAUGAUUUUAUCUGUAACAUGUAAUAAAUAAAUAAUUUAAGGAAAACGUAAUAAAACCUCUCUUCCCUCGUUCUUUUUGAUAUUCCCAGGGUUGAUAAGUUAAUAUUUUUUAAACUUGAUUAAAUUAAAGUUAAUUAUUUAUAUAAAUGGAGGGACAACUGUAAUUCAGUAGUAGAGUGGCAUAAUCCCGUCUCUCCCGGUCUCUCCCCGUCUCUCCCGGUCUCUCCCGGUCUCUCCCCGUCUCUCCCCGUCUCUCUCGGUUUCUCCCGGUCUCUCCCGUCUCUCCCUGUCUCUCCCCGUCUCUUCCGGUAUAGAUAACCAUUUAUACAAAUUUGACAGCUGUCAAAAUUCAAUCGCAAUGAUUACUCUCGCAACACAAAGUAAGCGCAACGAGAGAACUAAUCGGCAUCGCGGAAAAGCGACAACAAUACUUCGAGAGAGU